AUGGGACCUAACUGGAUACGCGGCCUCUACGUCUCGGCGGACAAUGCGCACAGUGCUCUCAAACGUGGUCUGCUGAGGGAUGCAGCAGCGGUUGUUUUCCUUCUUCCGGCAUUACUUCUUCCGAACCUACCGGUAGUGUUAUCCAGUAAAGCACCUCCCGACAUCGUGGUCUUCUUUGCAGAUGACAUGGGAUGGGAUGACACAAGCUUCCAUGGGUCUUCCCAAAUUCCUACACCGAACUUGGAUGCCUUAGCGGCAGACGGCAUCGUACUCAACAACUUCUACGUCCAGCCCGCCUGCACACCUUCAAGAUCGGCUUUCAUGACCGGUCGCUACCCGAUACGUACUGGUACUCAAGGCUACCCGCUUGAAGCAGGCGCGCCCUGGGGACUGCCCUUAGACGUGAAAAUCCUGCCGGAGUACCUCCGGGAGCUCGGCUACGAAACUCACCUAGUUGGAAAGUGGCACCUUGGCUGUUACAUGGACAGUCUUACGCCAACAUAUCGGGGCUUCGACAGUUUCUACGGAUUCUACUACGGAGAAGAGGACUACUACACCCACAAUGUAACAGUGUUUUCUUUCCCUCCACAGCCCCUAUUUCUUUACGUGAGCUACCAAGCGCCACACGGUUCGGGAGGCCCUGAACCUCUGCAAGCGCCCGCCCAGAAUGUAAUAAAGUUUCCGUACAUUGGAGAAGUCCAAAGGACUCUCUACGCAGGUAUGGUGGACACGGUGGACCAGUCCGUAGGCCAGGUGUUCGAGACGCUUGAGGAAGCCGGCAUGCUUGACAACGUUGUCGUGCUAUUCAGCAGUGACAACGGCGGCACCCCGUACGGCGAUCACUCGACCCGCAGCUUCAAUUGGCCACUGCGCGGUUUGAAGAUGUCGGUCUGGGAAGGUUCGACCAGGGUUCCCGCCUUCGUCUGGAGUACCCUGCUCAAGCGGAGGCGAGGAGUGUCGAACCAGCUGAUGCAUCUCACAGACUGGUUCACAACAUUCUACAGAGUCGCUGGCGGCAACGUAUCGAAUCUAGAAAACAUGGACGGACUCGACAUGUGGGACUACCUGUCGAACGGAACGGGUUCCGCUCGUACCGAACUCGUCUACAAUAUCGAACCCUUGGAGCCGCAGGAAUCGUCUGUGGCAGCCAUCCGUGACUCGCAGUACAAGCUGGUACUCGACCCCACGGGUGCUGACAACGACCGCUACCGAACGACAGGGGGACGUCGUCCUUUCGACGACCUCGACGAACUGCUCGCCCGCUCAAAAGCGGCCGAGACGCUGAGGAGGUUCUACAACACGGAUAGCUUGACCUUCCCUAAAGACUGGAGGCAGAGGGCGACGCUUACCUGCGGCGAAAACACCACUGAGAACUUCUCCCCCGAUGACAAAGUGUUCCUGUUUGAUAUCGCCAAGGAUCCGUGCGAGCUGAACAAUCUCGCAGAAGAACACCCAGACAUUGUAUCUACUUUGAAGAAACGUUUAGAUUAUUACCGAUCAGUUGCCACUCCUAGUUUGAACAAACCCGUUGAUCCUGCAAGCUUUCCGGAGAACCACGACGGAACAUGGGCACCUUGGGUUGAGUCAUCUUAAGAGUCGUGUACACGUUGACAGUACGGGCGCGCUAUACUUAUUCAAUCAAAAAUAAAGUUCUGUGGGGAAGGGCAUCCUUAUUUAACAGCAUCUGAAUGCAACAAAAUCUGAAAAAGAAAUGAGUAAAAGCUCAAAGAACGGGACCUGUCGACAGAGACAGGCGAAGCGCUUCUUCGGUCUCAGUCUGCACGUCCCGUUCUUUGCACUGUUACCCGUUUUUUUUUUUUUUUUCAGACAUGUACCAUCCGACCCUAGUUUGCACUGUAUGUCAAUAAAUCAACUGCUCGUGGAACGUCA